AUGCGGGCCGUACCGGCGCUAGAUCCCAAGCAGUGGCAAGGAGAGCUUGACGUCAUCGACGCCGACGACGUGGUGCCUGAAUUCCUGGCUACGGCCGAGAACCGAUACUUGUUGUCGAACCUCGUGGGCAUGUACAAGGAGAAACUCGGCAAGGUCAAUGUCCUACCAACAAGUGAGUGGAUGCGGAAAGCCAAGGUUUUGGGCAUGCCGCCUGGUAUCGAGGCUACCUGGACUAGCAAUGAAGUGUUUGUGUCACCUGUGUUGCACAAGGGGUUGCAAGUGCCGAAGUGA